GGUCGUGUAAAACAGCCACUUUAGACAUAACGCUGUAACAUAGGUUCACCCGACAGACAUUACGGGGAUGUGACAGGAUGGUGUGUGUACUGAUGACUAUAAUUCUUCUUGCCGCCGUCCACGUUGCAAACGCUGCAGACGUCUCCAUGAAGCAAUUCAUCACAUACCCAGGAUGCACCAGUGGCAUGGUCACAGGAAGUGCCUCCAUAGCUACUAUAUCGACCAGUUCCGGUUUAGAAUGCUCAGCUUUGUGUGCGCACAGAGAUGACUGUCAAUCUGUGAACAUCUGUGAAGGGCCAGGAUACAAUACAUGUGAGCUCUUGGACACCAGGAACGGCGGAUGUGUCGGGCUGGUGCAGAAAUCAGACUGCAGAUACAUGGAGAAACAUGUUCAGGACCACAGUCCAUGUUAUAACGGGGGAACCUGGAUCUACGCCCAACCCUGUGUGUGUCUGCCUGGGUGGGCAGGCUACUAUUGCCAGAGAAUAGUCCGAGAUUGCAAGGAGGGGAAGAACUCUGGUCAAACUGGAAACAGGCUGUCCACAAUCCAACCAAUCAAAUGUCCGCACACCUUUGAAGCUUUCUGUAUCUUCGAAUGGGGUCAAAUGUACUUCUUGAGGAGGAACCACCCCUUUAGUGACGUCAGCGUCUGUGAGGGGAACAUCCUUGAGCCAAACAUGGACUGGACCGGUUUCAGCUCCCAGUUCGGGGACGUCCGAUGCGACUAUUUCCUUGGUCUUCAACAGCUGUGGUACGUUUUACGUCAAGGCAGUUACAACCUGCACAUCUAUCUCCAAUACUAUGAAAACCAAACAGACCUGAAGCCCACACCAGCUAAUAUCUAUUACUGGAACGUCCGGUUAGGCUCUGACUCAGAGGGUUACCCAAUCCAGUACAGCUCCUACACGGCUGUCGAUAUAGCAGAGGAUGGUCUCAUGUUGGGGGACGACACUCCUGCCAGGUUCUGCACGCGUGACCGGGAUUGUGGAACUUGUGCUCGGGACAGAGGAGUCGGGUGGUGGUACUCGCCUAACUGUACUAACUUUCCCCUGACCUUGAAGAACGGGACAGUUUUAUGGCCAAUCAACGGACAGGUCAGGACGCUGAGUUUAGCAGUGAUGCAGUUCUCGCCUACAGGGUACAAUUGGUAGAGCAGAGACGUCAAUGUAUGAUGCCAACAGCAGAGCAAAUUCUUGAAAAAAUAUUAUUCAUGUUUUGAUAUUUUAAUCAAUAUUACAUAUAACUGAUAAAAGACCCGACAGAUGAAAUAUUAAUAAAUGAUAACGUGCUCUAAAUAAUAAAACGUCAAA